AUGGACAAUCCAGGCAGGAUCAUUCCAAAGGGGGAGAAGAAAUGUACAGGAAAGGAGAAUUUACAAAAUCUACCUUCUUACAUGUUUGAAACAAGCAUGGAAGGUGAGAGUUACAACAUCUACAAUGCCAUUUAUGCUGUGGCACAUGCAUUACACACGAUAUAUGGAUCUGGAGCAAAACCAGCCAGGAUGAGGCUUGGAAAGAGGAUCUCAAAUAUUCAGUCAUGGCAGAUUCUUCCUCAUCUGAGGAACAUCCAGUUCAACAACAGUGCUGGAGAGGAAGUCUCCUUCUCAGAAAGUGGAUUGGUGUCUGCUCGUUAUGACCUUCUCAACUGGCUUUUCCUCCCCAAUCAAUCUUUUGUCCCUGUGACAGUUGGGCAAAUAGAUUCCAUGGCUUCCCCAGAACAAGAUUUCACCAUUAACUCCAAUGCAAUCAUCUGGGCCACAAAGAUUGCCAAGAAGAUCCACUUCCUUUCCUAUCAAGACACCCUGGGAUACACUUUAGCAUCUCUUUCUCUUUCUCUCUCUGUGACCACCUCUGCAGUUCUCGUGAUUUUCUGUAAGAAUCACAACACACCAAUGGUCAAGGCUAACAACAGAGAUCUUACCUACGUCCUCCUGGUCUCCCUCCUGCUCUGCUUCCUGUGCUCCUUCCUCUUCAUUGGUCGACCUGGGAAGCUCACCUGCUUCUUCCGACAAACUGCCUUUGCCCUUCUCUUUGCCCUUGCAGUUUCCUCUGUGUUGGCAAAAACUAUCAUGGUGGUUCUAGCCUUCAUGGCCACUAAGCCAGGGAACAGGACAAGGAAACUCUUAGGAAAACCACUGACCAACUCCAUUGUCAUAGCCUGCCCCCUGCUCCAAGCAGUUAUUUGUGUCACCUGGUUGGCAACUUCUCCUCCAUUUCCCAAUUUGGACUUCCAUUCCUUGGUAGAAGAGAUCCUCUUGGAAUGUAAUGAAGGCUCAGCUUCAAUGUUUUAUGCUGUCCUUGCUUACCUGGGUUUCCUGUCCCUCAUCAGUUUCACAGUUGCAUUUCUAGCUAGGAAAUUGCCUGACAGGUUUAAUGAAGCCAAGUUCAUUACUUUUAGCAUGCUGGUCUUUUGCAGUGUUUGGAUUACCUUCCUCCCCACCUACCUGAGCACCAAAGGAAAGUCCAUGGUGGCUGUGGAGAUCUUCUCCAUCUUGGCCUCUGGGACUGGUCUCUUGGCUUGCAUCUUUUUCCCCAAAUGCUACAUUAUCCUAUUUAAACCCAGUCUGAAUUGUAGAGAGAAUAUAAUGAGACAUAAGAAUCUCUGA